AUGUCAUCUAUGAAUCCCCUUCCUUUACUAGGACCUCAUUUACCUACAUUCAUUCUAUCCACAACCUUCUUUUACGGGACACAAUACACUUCACAUUCGAUUUCACCUAGAUUAGUCAAGAAAUAUGGAGAAUUUGAUAGACGUACUAAAAUAGGCUGGGCUACUCAUGUAGUUUCGAUGGUACAUGCUAUACUGGUAAUUCCUUUAGCGAUAAGAUGUAUCCAGUCUCAAACGUUGAAAUCAGAUCCUGUGUUCGGAUACGAUCCUUUCGUAGGACAUGUAUUCGCUUUUAGUUCUGGUUAUUUCUUAUGGGAUACUUUGGAUUCAUUGAUGAAUUCAUCUAUCGGAUUUGUCGUUCAUGGCGCUGCUUGUCUCGCUGUAUUCAUGUUUUCAUUCCGGCCUUUCUUAGCUGGAUUUGGAGCUCCUUUCCUUCUUUGGGAAUUAUCAACACCUCUACUCAAUAUCCACUGGUUUAUGGACAAAGCUGGCCUUUCGACUAAAUACCCAACUUUCUUCCUCGUCAAUGCCUUAUUGUUCAUGUUGGUAUUCUUCCUCGCGAGAAUAGUAUAUGGUGGAGCAAAUAGCUUACUCUUCUUCCAUACGAUGUGGACUGAACGACAUCGUAUUCCACUCCAUUUGCAUGCUAUCUACUGUCUCGGAAAUCUCGCGCUUAACGCUCUUAAUUGGUUAUGGUUUUCCAAAAUGCUAGCUAAGAUGUAUGCCCGUUUGCAAGGUGAAGAGAAACCUACCAGCUCAGACAAGACUCAAGUAAAGGAGGAAUCAAAUGACACUUUUUUGAAAGACGAUGCUAAGAUAGGUGAAGCACCAACGGAUACCACGCAUGUAACAGAAGAAGCAAGUUUGAGUUUACCUGUUAAUCCACCUAGUCCAAUCGUAGAGAAAUCAGAUAAGGAAGGGUUAUAG